GAGAAGAUCCCUACUUUCUCACUGUGGCCAUCAUGUUUCCUGAGGGUCACGUGUAUGGUAGAGCCUGGAAGCAUUCAUUCAUGCAUCAAUCUCAAUCGGUGACGGUGCACUCCAUUUUUCUCGUCGCCCAGAUUACAUUCGACUGCAUCGUGCGAACAUCAACAGACGAAACAAAGGCAGAAAAGCCGGAACCACGGAGUGCUGGCUGGUUAUAAAACAGAAUUGGAACGAUGGCUGCUUGCAUUUUAGGCCCAGGGGUUUCAAGGAUCGUGCCGUUGGCAACGAGUUUGAGGUUGGACAAGUUAGGACCGAGGAGGACCACUUUCGCUCGUUGCUGUGGGGAAGAAAUGGGUGAGCCUGCGGAGAAUUCCAAGAAAGUGGAAGUUUCUCGAGAGGAGUCGUCACAGAGUCAGGACAAGCAGUCGGCGCCAGUUGCAGUGAAAAUCACAUCCGAUGCUAUCAAUCUCCAACUGGAAAGUAUGAACCCGAGCCAUGAGACAGAUGAGCAGAAAUAUAGCGUUCACAAUGUCUACGCUCUCUACAGACCUUCACACAAGCCGCCGACCGAAGCCGUCGACAGUGUGGGACCCGUGUCGGACCCUGCUGCUGCUUUUGACACGUUUUGCAGAUCUGAAACUCAGUGGAACGAGCACGAAGUUCGUCGCCGGAAGCAUUAUCUUCCUGAAGACGUGACAGAGAAAAAAUCGGAGUAGCAGCUGCGAAAUUGUUGCAGGAAGUUUGCUCUGACUGAUCUUUUUACAUUGAUACUUUUCCCAUGUGGUCAAACCUGAUCGAAGAGCUCGACUAGCGCAGCUAGAUCUCACCUCUACUAUCAAGUCUUGUGAGCACUCCUUUGGUGAUACGACCCUGUUGGAUGUAAAGCAGGCUUGUCGUGGAGUUUUGACCUUCGUCGCAAAUUGCAGACUGCAGUUGACAGUCAAUGAAGCACACGUUUUUCUGUCACCGGACAUUGCCAAUCCCACCAGCUUUUUAUAUUGGCUUUCACCUUCUUGGGGUGUUCACAGCAUGUUUUCCCUCCAUUGCGAAGUUCUUCAGAUUGAGAAUGCAUCAAUUUCUGUGGGUCGCAUCUCUAUUUAGUAAAACUGUGAGGUGGUUCAACGAAAUGGGUCGAAAUUUCUUUUCACCUCCACUGCGGUAUCAAUUGUGUAUAAGUUGA